CCACACGGCGUGCCUCUGACGCGCCGGCCCCUUUCGCCCGGCGAGCUCUUCCACCUCUCCGGGCGCCAAGCAGCAGCCGGUUCGAGCCGCUCGGCAGCGGAAAGAGCCCGACGCGGGGAGAGCGAGCGAGGUUAGCGAGCGAGCGAGCGCCCGGCCGUCCUUCCCGCCUUUGGCGGCACCUGCACCAUAGCCACGCCGCGGCUUCCGACCGACUCCUUCGUGGCUUCGCGGCUCGGUGAGCCUCCACUCCCCGGCCGGCGGGUCCUCCUUUCGGGCUGCGAGGAAGGGUCCUCCUUUCGGGCUGCGAGGAAGGCGCUCGCUUCUCUCUCUCUCUCCGCAAGGUCAACCCUCCUGGACGUCUGCGCUGCAGCGGCGGCUGAGCAAGAGGAGGCUGCAGCCGGUUCCUCCUCCUCCUGCCUGCGGAGAGAUUGAUGCGUCCUUUCAGCCUGAGCGUAUCUUAGAAAGAAUUUGUAACUGCCACUGCACAAAUUUGUCUAGAAUUUGUACUGUGUCGCAUUUCCAUGGGGACCGUACAAGAUCCACUGAGAUCUACUAAGCUUUCAUUGGUCACAGCUGAAGAAUCUCCUAAACACCUGUGCAAGCAAGCGAGCAUAGAAAGCAGCAGUAAUGGAUAUCCUUUUACUGCCAAGGACCAGCUGUCUGGAGGAUGCUUGUUGGAAGUGAACUCUGGCAGAGAAACCAACGUUCCAAAGAGUGACUGGCAUUGUGAAUAUGACAUUAAGCAUCCAAACAUACUUUCUCCUGGGUCCUUCAGCUUUUCCAAAGAAGGCAGCAUGGCAGCUCCAGAACCAGUAAGUUACGCUAAGCAGGAGGGCUCUAGAGCCAAGGUCCAAGCCUCAAUACCUGAAGCCCACCCCUCAGAGCAUGGUGAAGUUAAAGUGCCUCUUACCCAAGAGGCUAACCAAAAUAUUCCAAGCAGUGGCGGACAGUCAUGUAAUAUAAUUGAUAAAGCAACCGUACUUCCUGGAGGAGACCUUGAUGUUACGGAGAGCAAAUCCAAGGAUUAUUCCAUUGUUCCUUCCCUUCCUAUUUAUUCUGAUAUCCAGCAAGCAUCUCCUGUGGGGAAGGACACUAUGUGCGAAGUUAUCAUCUCUGAAACCAGUCAAGUCUUGGUUUCGUCUGAUGAGGUGGGUCUCAAUCCAAAAGCUCCUGUUGGUGUGGAAACGGAAUUGGGGAAUGCAAAUGAUGCAAAUGUCUGUCCUAAGACUGAGCCACAGACUGCAUCCGAAUUUAGCAACCUGGAGACAUCGUGUAUGGGCAGUGAGGAGCCUACAGCAAAAGUGGUACCAAACCUGUCCAAAUUCAAAGACACAGGUACAAUGACUGUAAAGCCCGAGAACAAAUCUGUAGAGGCAGAGACGAUAAGCAGGACUCAUCAAGACGCUGAGGUUCAAGCUGUAGCCAGUGUGGAAAGCAGGUCAGCUUCUACCAGCCCAAGUAUCUUGACAGCAUUCUUGAGGGAGAACAUGUCUCCUGAGGCGAAACAAGACCAAGAUCAGUUGCACGUGAUUUACACGGGAGCCAGAGGGAAAGAGCAACCUGAAAUCAUUGGUGACUUUGCAGCCACUGUCCAAACACCUUCCCCCAUUGGCAUCAUGCACAAGGUACGUGUUCAAAUACCACCUGCAAGAGAAAACCCUCUGGGAAGUCCUAAUGUCAGACUUCAGGAGAAUCUCACAAACAUGCACGAUCCGAUCUGCGCAGCUUUGUUGGAUAAGGCAGCAAGGGUGUGUUCAUCUGAUGAUUCUCAGGAAACUUUGGCCAAGAGGACAGAGGUGCAAACGACGGGCGUGGCUAAAAAUCGCGGCGACGUUCCGCAGCAACUGUCAGACAAUUCGGUUUUGCAGAAGGCAAGACCCGUUUCCCAAAUCAGUCUGAGUUCUAGUCAUCCGCCCGUGUCUACCCAGCACUCUGCAAACUUUGAAACCAAACUACCUCCAUGUUUUGCAACCCCAAGCAUCGAUAGUAGAUAUCAACCCGCUGAUCCCUCUUCGUUCCGAGAACAUCCUCUUCCUUUGUGUCCCAGGACAUCUGAACAAGCCAAGGCUAUAGUUAUCGGUAUGGAUACUGAAAGGACCUAUCAGGAGAAACAGCUGCAGAUCAAGGCUGUUGAUAACCUUGAGACAGCUCUGCCCAGUUUUCCCAUUGCUAUGCAUCUAAAGAGAGAAGGAAAGGUCCAUCUCAUAUCUGAAGAACAAAAGAUCAACAUGACAGGGUCUAUUAUUGGCUCCCGAACAAUGAGUGCUCCAGUUGUAGCAGAAAGCAAGCAAGAUACGGUUCCUGGUAAUUCCAAGACAGAAACUUUGGCCAGUCAGAAUCCAAUCUCCAAGUUGAGUAGAAGUUUUGGCGCUGCCAUAGGAAUCCAGAGUGAUAAAAUCCAGAAGGGCCUGGUGCUUGAUGUGCCAGCUGCUCCUACUUCUUCAAGUCCUACACCACGUCUUGGUGAAAAGAAGAAAGGGCCCAAGGCUUUUGCUGCCGAGGCGAAAAUGCACCUGAAGCAGUCCAAGCGUGUUAGGGAUGUUGUGUGGGAUGAACAGGGCAUGACCUGGGAGGUUUAUGGAGCAUCCCUAGAUCCAGAAUCGUUGGGAAUCGCUAUCCAGAACCACUUGCAGAGGCAGAUCAGAGAGCAUGAAAAACUGAUCAAGGCUCAAAGCCCCCAGGCCCGUAAAUCCAUAUCUUCAGAUACAUCUUCAAACAAAAAAUUGAAAGGGAGGCAUCACAGCGUUUUUCAGUCCAUGCUGCAGAAUUUCCGGCGCCCAAAUUGUUGCGUUCGUCCUGGGGCUUCUUCUGUGUUGGACUGAAAAAAAAAAAAAUCAGAAACGAGGAUGGGAACGUAACACAUCCGUUUGUGCGCACUUGUGUACUUGCACAAGGAACUCUAUGGAUAUUUGAGAUUCUAAUACGCUGAUACAGGGUUGAGGGGAGAGGAGAUGAUGACAGUAUAUUUCGUUCCCACUGGUUAACAUGCCUUCAUCUGUCGAAUUUCUGCAAAUAACACAUGAAACAUUCAGGUUCAUGCCGGGAACCUCCCGGUCAUUUGCCAAAAUAAAAUAGAAGUACGUGGUGAAGCACAAUUCAGAAUGUCAGGUUACGUAAGUAACCCACAUUAGCUUUAGAUAAAAAGAGAGGGGUGACUAAAUCUUAAAUAGAUUGUUUUAUUUUUUUCAUGAGAUAAUGUAGAAAAACAUUCCCAAACUGGGGAAUGGAAAGAAGGAAAGUUGGGUUGGAUUAGAAAGGUUGGGUUGGGUUAGAAAAGUUAGAAGGAAUGGUGCUUUCUUAACUCUAUAAACCACAGGGGUGUCUUAACUUGGGAACUUUAAGACUUGUGGACUUCAACUCCCAGAAUU